AUGUUUUCAAGUGGCAACAUUUUGAAAAUAACAGAGGAGAGACUAUUCUGUGAUUUAAUACUUGACUUGAAAAUCAGACGGGCGAUAUACAUACUAACAUACCCACCCAUCCACCCAGGGCCUCAUUAAUUAAAAGACAAAUUAAUGCAGUUAUGUAAGAAUUUUUUUAUAGACGGGGAUUUACCGUAUUAUAAAUUCAGUUUAUUGUGUUUACAUCACACAAUCUCGUGAUUUUAUUGCGAUCUCGUGACCGUUGUUAUGGAAUGAAAACAAAAGGUAAGUUAAUUAGUAAUUAGUAAACGUUCGAGAAUUCUGAGAUCACGAAAGUCACAAAUUAUCAUACAAAUUCACUUCCGCUACGUUCCAAACAUCACGGCAAAGUGACAAAGUGAAAAUUAUGAGAUGGCUGUUGAGGGAAUCUUGGAGACAUUAAAUAAAAUAUGAACGAGAAAGAAAUAUUAUUUAAAAUCUUGGUCGUAGGCGAUGCCGAAGUGGGCAAGACGUCGUUCGUGAGGCGCUACGUUAAUGCCACGUACGACAAAAACUAUAAAGCUACAGUUGGAGGUGAGAGUUUGUUUUACUAUUGAUUUUUAUAUUGAUGUUACUGUUAAUCAUUAAUAUUAUUUGUUGUGUUUUUUUUUACUAGUGGACUUCGCUUUGAAAGUAAUCCCAUGGUCAGAGACACAAACUGUUCGCUUACAGGUACAUACAUGAAAUGUCAGGCAAGGCCAGGGGUGGUUUAAGGAUAACCCAAAUACCCGGUAUAUUUUUGGUCAGAUACCAAUAUACCCAAAUUUGAAGGAGAUCCAGAUACCAAAUACCCAAAAUUAAAGUCUCAACAAGAUACCAAAUACCCGUAAUUAAACUGUCCCGAUACCAUAUACCUCAAAUAAAACGCCCAAGAUACCUGUAAACCCAAAACCCCUGGCCGGGCCUGAAAUGUGUUACACACUAUACACUGGAAUAAAAUGUAAUAUACAAUACAACAUUUUGAAAUAUUCUCUGAUUUUCUUUAUAUAUCAUUGUCAAACUGUGAAGCUAUGGGACAUAGCAGGUUAGUUUAUUUUAGAUUUGAGAUCAACCUAGGUAUAGUAAGAGUUGAAUGGAAUUGAAAGCUAUUACUUCACUCCCAGGCCCUAGGGCAGUGGAAGUGCUGUGAGAUCAGUCUACAAUCUUAAAUUACAAAGUGAUGUUAUUAAUAUACGUUUUAAUUGUAUUUAAUUAGCUUAAUGAUCAGUGGUUUAACGGUAUUAGUUAACCAUUAGUGCUCAUCAAUUUCCCCUUGAUAGGUAAAUUUGUCUGGCAAUAUUUCGCAAAAUAUAAAAGCUGACAUACUGUAGGACUACAUAGUAGGUCAACCGUUAACAUUAGAAUGUUAGGGUAGUAAUCCAAGUGAGUAUAUAUACAUUUUAAGACCUGACCAGGAACGACUGCGAAAACUGCAGCUGCAGUGCUGCAUUUUUCGCAGUCGUUCCUGGUCAGGUCUUAAAAUGUAUAUAUACUCACUUGGAUUACUACCCUAACAUUCUAAUAUUAAUUCCACCAAGUGAAGUGCAAGAAUCCAGAUCACUGAAGUCAACCGUUAACACUAUAUCACAGUGAGCUAAUUAAGAGUCUGACCAACUAUUUUGCAACUUGUGACACCUUGUCAAAAAUUAACAAGAAUUAUUAGAGAACUUACUGUAUCUCACAUGGCAAUCACGUCCAUUGGAUAGAGCAAUCCAUUAUACAUGACCAUAACUUUGUAUAAUUCAGGUCAAGAGAGAUUUACGGCCAUGACAAGAGUAUAUUACAGACGAGCGUCAGCAUGUGUGAUAAUGUUCGAUGUUGCUCAACCAAAUUCAUUUCACAAUGCGGCUAAAUGGAAGAAAGAUUUAGAUUCAAAAUGUUUUAAUAGCAGUGGAAAAAACAUCCCAUGCAUUUUAGUAGCAAAUAAAGUAAGUAUACUUUUCUAUAGUGUGGUUAUAUAAGUUCUUUGUAUGUUUGCAUGGCGAUAAAACAUAUAAUAGUUUUGUUUGUGAAAACACCACGUAAAUUUAUUACUGCAAAGCUUUCAAUCUGUAAGCCCAGAUCUUCAUCAGUGCUAAUAAUAUGAUAUGUGCUCAUAUUAUUAGCACUGAUGAAGAUCCAGGCUUACGGAUCAAAAGCUUUGCAGUAAUAAAUUUAUGUGGUGUUUCCACAAAACAAACUAUUAUGUGGUUAUACUUACACAACACAAAGUUAAGACAUUUUUUGAAUUUGUACAGUACAUAUGGGGGAAAUGCACAAUAGAUUACAUGUACUUCCUUUCAAAAAAUAACUUUCUGAAUUAUUUCCAACUAUUUUUAAUAUUUUUUAAAAUUUCUUUAUAGCAUAAUUCCCACAAUGGGCUGAUGCAUGGUAUUUUCUCAAUAAUUCUUUAUUGUUUUUAACAGAUUGAUUUACCCAUGAAAAUUGACAAGGAUGAAAUCAAUAAUCUAUGUAAAGAGCAUCAAUUUCUAGGAUGGACAGAAAUGUCGGUAAAAGACGACAAACAUGUAGCAGAAACAAUGGAGUAAGUUUCUGAAGCCCUGACUUGAGGAGAAAUUUUCCUUGCAAGAAUUUUUUUAAGUUCGAACGAAGCUUUGUCUAACUUUUUUCCAGAUCAUGUAGAAGCUUGCAGAAAUGUUUUGGAAUACUUUUCUGUAUAUUUCAUGCUUUCAUUCUUUCCCUAAAUUCUUACAUGAAUUUAGAUAAAGCUACUAUUCCCCUCUCCCCCCCCCCCCACACUUCCCAAGACAUCUAAUAGUCCACACUCAGAUGGAUAUUGAAUUAUUCUUUUGUUUUCCAAGGUUCUUAGUUGCAGAACUUAUGUCACCAUCUGCAACAGAAGUUACUGGCUAUGUUGGACCACCUGAACUUUUAUUAACAGAGGAUAGUAAAAGAUCAUGCUGUGGCAGUUAAUAAAUAUUUAUAUACCCUAGUCUAACACAUAGUUCAAUAUUAAAUUAAAAAUGCAUUGUGAAUACAUUAGGCCUGGUAACAUUGGGUUAUUCCAGAAAAGAUCUGUGCUAUUCCCCAUAGAGGAAAUUUCUGCCAUCCAGAAGGAAGGGAGAAAAAUUUGUUUCAGAUAUUGGCAAGUGCAUAAGGAAGUCCGAAUGAGGUAGGGCUGUUCACUUGUAAUUUCGUUUGUGGUGGAGGUAUGGAUGUUUUUUGGAGUAACCCAUUGAUAUUUUAUGUGUUGCAAAACAGUGCUUUUAAAGUGGUGUGGUCGUGUGGACUACCUCACAGGUGGUCUAAAACACCCAACAUUCACCCGGACCCGUAACCCGCAGUGAAUGCCCAUGAGUUCGUCAGAUUGUUUUACUGUGAACUUCAGUUGACCCUUCCAAGUAUUGCUAUAAAUGCAUAUUUUUUGCUUUUAUCUGCUGUUAAUAUAACAAUUUAAAAUUUGCAUGCAGAAUAAUUUCUAGAACAUGUAAUAAAUUAUUAAUUUUAUCAAAUUAUUCCUGAAAAUGUAAAUUAAAAUUGUCUUGAUAAAUUAUAUUUCUAUCAUUUGCCUGCAUAUACGAUACAAAUCGAGAGGUUUUUGUUGACAAUUUAUUGAGUAUUUGUUUCCUAACAAGGCAAACUUUGUAAAAUUCACAUCGAAACUUAACCGUCUGUGACUCUGUAUAGCGAUUUAUCGGGCAGCUUUUGGCGGAAAAAUAAAC